AUGUUUACGAAAUUUUUCACUGUUCGGCUUCAUCAAAACUAUGAAAACCAAGAAGUCACCACAAAACCUGAUUUACAAGGCGGAAGCUACAUCAAGAAUUGCUAUUUUCAUGAUAUUCGUGGAGACUCAGCUUCUUCGAUUAUUUCAACAUCAGCCAAUCAAGGAUCAGUUCCUGAUCUAAAUAUUGAAAAUUGCUAUUUCAAUAAAGUUGUCACCGAGUCAUACUAUACAAUUUACGCGGAAGGUGUUUCUGUUUUGUUAUUUAACUGCUUUUUAGAGUGCAAGACUACAGCCACAGAUACAAAAUCUACUUCAAUAUUUUAUAAUCGAUAUGAAAAGAAAAGCAGAUUCGAGAGCAACUCUGUUAUGAAGAGUGAUGAAGGAAAUUAUUUAAUUUUCGCCAUGAAAGCAGAAUUUAAGCAAAACAACUUCACAAGCAACCAACCAAAACUAUGUGCCGUGAACUAUAACAAAUUUGAUACCAAAAUAACCUCUUCUUUCUUCGUAAAUACAGCACCAACUGAUUCUACUGCAUUGUAUCUACAAAGUUUUUCCGAGAUUGAAUUAGCCAUCUUCUACAACAACCCCGGCACUGGUCUAUCAUUAAAAGACUCAACAAUUACGAUCAAAAACUGUACAUUUAUCAGAAACACGCAAAAUGACAUUUUCUUAGAUACGUCAACCGCAACAAUCUCAUUCUGCCAGUUCUCAAACAUGAAAGUCAACGAUCCAGAGAAAAUUACAAAAGAUAACACGAACUUCCUUGAAGGAUCAGGAGUUCCGUCGAACAUGAUACCAAACCUAUCAAACGGUGCUCAGAUUGGCCAGAACAAGUACUUCUGCUUCAACACUCAGUUCGAAGGAGAAAGCUACGAACCAAACACCCCGACUCCAAACUCUGACUGCGAACCAGACGUGCAGGAACGACUGAAGUACAAGAGAAUUAAGUACAUCUUCGCUCUUGGCUCUGCUGCUCAGAGUAUUUAA